AUGAAGAACAAGCAGCAACAGCAACCGGCACCAAAGAAGCAGAAGAAGCAGCAGCAGCAGCAAGCGCAGCGGCAGGAACAACCGGAGCAGCAGCAGCAGCAGCAGCAGCAGCAACAGCGACAGCGUACAUCACCGACACGCUACUAUCAGCAACAAUAUCAAGAACCGCAGCAAAAGCGAAACCUGGACGAUAUCAUGCUGAGCUCGUACUACAUCUACAUGUCGGCCGGUACGCAGCUGCAGAUGGCACCACAGACAACAAUAGUACAACAAGUUGGCCAGGUCGACCAAGCCGCAUCGCACCAUCACCACACGUCGCAUCAUCACCAGCAGCAACAGCAACAGCAGCAGCAAUCGCAUCAUCAUCAUCAGCCGCACUUUAGCAGCGGCAACAAUCAGCAGCACCAUCAGCAGCAAGUGACAACGGUGCUGAGCACGCACCAGCAGCAACAGCAAACGUCUGCUGCCGCCGCGGCAGCAAUAGCUGUUGUCCUUUCCGGUUCUGGUAGUGGUGGUGGUGGCGGAGGAGGUAGUGGUGGCAGUGGCAGUGGCAACGGCAACAGUGGCGGCAGCGGUGGAAAUACUGUCAACAGCGUGGGUGGUGCAGCGACAGGAGGAGGUGGAGGAGGAGGAGGCAGUGGAGUUAAUAAUAACGGAGGGACGGGCGGCGGUGUCAGUAGCAAAGGCUCCCUGGCGGAUACGCCACAGUCCACGACGACCACGACAACGACGACAGCGGGAGUGGCGGUAGCGACGGCAACGCCCGGUACUACGGCCGCCCUGCAUCCACCCAUCCCCGUCGGUAACCUCCAGCAACAGCAGCAGCAUCACGCUCAUCACGCGCACCACCACCAUAACAACAACAAGGAUCAGGACUCGAACAUGAGCACGGGUUCGUCGCACAGUGAUAAGGAGCCGGAAGCGAUCAUGAGCAGUCCGGCGACAACCACCCUGCCCGUCGUUACCACCCCAACGUCCGAAAAGGUUUCGAGGACCGCGUCCGAGCGCAAGCGAAAACGGAAGGCCCCGGACGAUAACGGUGGACCGGGCGGUGGAGGUGGUGUUGGGGGUGCACUGGGAAGCGCAACGAGUGGAGGUCAUUUUCGUGAUAGUAGAGAUAAUAUUAAGGGUCUGCGGUUGUCACUGCCGGCCCACAGUGAUAAUAAGAAGAUAAAAGAUUUUUUUUCUAAACACCCGGGGCUGCCGACGGUUGCGUCGCUCCGUGUGUCCAGUAGUAGUAGUAGCCCGUUAGUCGGUGGUGUUACCUGCAUCACCACCAUCGCGACCGCGGUCGGAAGUGGUGGCAGUAGUGCUACCGGUCCCGGCACCAACAGUAUCGCGCUCGGUGCAGGCGUUACCGUGCCGGUCGGUUCGCUAGGAGCAAUAUCUAAUUCCCCGCACGUGGAUCCGGGUGGUGGCGUUGGGACGGUCGGGUCCACAACCGGUCCAUCGCGGAAAAGUCCGAACCCGCAGCAAUCGCCCCACACGGGCGGUCAAUAUCCCAUGUACCCCCCUAGUCCGCAAACGCCACUGCUAUCGGUGGGCGCCAGCAUCGGGAGCAAUGGUAACAACAACCACAAUAAUGCAGGCCCCCUGCAACAGCCGGAUAUGUUCAGCAGUAGUCGAACACAGCGGCAACAGCAGACUUCUGCCGGUUCGACACCUUCACCGACACCGUCAUCGGUAACCGCAGGUGGUGCCGGCGGCGGCGGUACCAAUAACUCUUCCGUACAAGUUCCUCCAUCCGUCUCGGCUGCGAUGGCAGCGGCAGCGGCGGUAGAGGCGGCCAAGGCAGCCGCCGCAACAUCCACCCCCUCAGCAACAACGGUCCUGUCGCCGAUCAUCACGCCACUGGUUAGUGCAACAGCCACGACCGGUGCGGCCGGCUCGGGAGUAUCUAUACAGCAGCAGCAGCUGCAACAAUACCAGCCGAUCGUGCUGGUGGCGAACAACAGCAGCGCCUCAUCGAUAAUGCUCCAGAAACAACCGUCAUCGGUCGGCGCGGCUGCCAGCCAGCAGAAGCAAUCUGCGCACCAAGCUCAAGGCACUCAACAGCAGCAAUCUUCGUCCGUGGUAGCGACGCAGCAGCAGCGUGACUCUCAGGCGCAGGCAACGGUUGCAUCCCAGCAAACGGCAGCGCAGCAGCAGACCGGCCAGAACGCAACACUAACCGGGAGUGCGUCGACGAACCAUCAGCUGCAGUGUAACACCGCUAAUUCAACAGUAGCCGGCAGUAUUAGCUGUAGCAUCGGAACGACAGACCAUCACCAUCAGCGGGUCACGCUGGUGUCGUGUAAUACGAGCAGCAAUAGCAGUAGUAAUGGUGGUGGUGGUAGUGGUGCUACCGGUGGUGUGGGAGGCACGACGACGGGAUCAACCACCCCUAGUGGGGAACAGCCGAGCGGGAUCGGCAGUACAAACAGCCCGCUGAUAACGACAUCCGUUGCCACCUCGACAACGAGCAACAGUGCCGGUGGUGGCCAGAACAAUAAUUCCAUACUCCAGCUGCCGGGUGGUGCGGUCGUCACCACCACCAAGUCAAUUGGGCAGAAGCUGCAACAUCAGCAAACCACCUCCUCCACCAACACGGCGCCCGGCGGUGGACCGCAGCAACAGCAGCAGCAAAGCGACAGCAGUAGCACCAGCAACAACAACGGUAGCAAUUUUGGUAGCAGCAAGUUCGGCCAGCAGCAACCGUCAACACCGACGACACCAACGACGACGACCACGCUCAUGCUGACCAAGUUCGUGCAAACCGAUCUGACGCAGGCGGACAUUACCGAGCGGGACCACGACUUCGAAAGCAGCCGGACGCGGGUGGACGAACUGUCCCGGCUCUCCGACGAGCAGAAGUGUCAGCUGAACGUGCACCAGAAGGCGAUCGAGCAGCACAAGAGCCAAAUCAGCAAAUGCGUCGAGGUGGUGAAAAAGCUGCUCAAGCAGAAGAGUAACAUCGAGAAGAAAGAGGCACGCCAGAAGUGUAUGCAGAACAGGCUACGGCUUGGCCAGUUUGUGACGCAGCGUGUGGGCGCCACCUUCCAGGAGAACUGGACCGACGGUUACGCCUUUCAGGAACUGGCAAAGCGCCAGGAAGAGAUCACUGCCGAACGCGAGGAAAUCGAUCGUCAGAAGAAGCUGUUAAUGAAGAAACGGCCCACAAACAGUGAGGGUGGCCGGAAACGCAACAAUUCGUCGGCGACGAGCGGUGGCUCUGGAGGAACCGGCGGUACUGGCGAUCGGGGUGGCGGUGGUCCAGGCAGUACCGGCGUCGGCACCGGUGCAGUUGUUGCGAUGGGCAGCAGUGGUGUGGUCGGUGGAAGUGCGGGCAAUGUGGGCGGUGGUGGCAGUGGAUCGGCGAUGCAUAAUGGCAAUGACAGUACCUUCCUGAAGCCGGACCCGGUCGUCAGCAGCAACAGCACGUUCACGCUGCAGGAGUACUACGAGUGUGACGAGAUACUGAAGUUGCGCCAGAGUGCGCUCAAGAAGGAGGACGCUGACCUGCAGCUCGAGAUGGAGAAGCUGGAACGCGAACGUAAUCUCCACAUCCGCGAGCUGAAGCGAAUACACAACGAGGAUCAGUCACGCUUCAACAAUCAUCCGGUCCUGAACGAUCGGUAUCUGUUGCUGAUGCUGCUCGGCAAAGGUGGUUUCUCCGAGGUGCACAAAGCGUUCGACCUGAAGGAGCAGCGGUACGUUGCAUGCAAAGUGCAUCAGCUAAACAAAGACUGGAAGGAGGAUAAGAAGGCGAACUAUAUCAAGCAUGCGCUUCGGGAGUAUAACAUCCACAAAGCGCUCGACCAUCCGAGAGUGGUAAAGCUGUACGACGUGUUUGAAAUCGAUGCCAAUUCAUUCUGCACCGUGCUGGAGUACUGCGACGGACAUGAUCUGGACUUUUACCUGAAGCAGCACAAAACCAUCCCAGAAAAGGAGGCACGAUCGAUCAUAAUGCAGGUCGUAUCGGCACUAAAGUAUCUGAAUGAGAUCAAACCGCCGAUCAUACACUACGAUCUGAAGCCGGGCAACAUUCUGCUUACCGAGGGCAAUGUGUGCGGUGAGAUCAAAAUUACCGACUUCGGUCUGUCGAAGGUGAUGGACGAAGAGAAUUAUAACCCCGACCAUGGUAUGGACCUUACGUCACAAGGUGCUGGAACUUAUUGGUAUCUGCCACCGGAAUGCUUCGUUGUCGGUAAGAAUCCACCGAAAAUCUCGUCCAAGGUGGAUGUCUGGAGCGUCGGCGUCAUCUUUUACCAGUGUCUGUAUGGCAAGAAGCCGUUCGGUCACAACCAGUCCCAGGCGACAAUUCUGGAGGAAAAUACAAUUCUCAAGGCGACAGAGGUGCAGUUCGCCAAUAAACCGACCGUAUCCAAUGAGGCGAAGAGCUUCAUACGGGGUUGUCUGGCGUACCGUAAGGAGGACCGGAUGGAUGUGUUCGCACUGGCAAAGCACGAGUACCUGCAGCCACCAGUGUCGAAACACAACCGGUCCUCUAACGCGCAGAAUCAGCAUGCGGGCGGACAGAACAGCAGCACCAGCGGCACUGGUGCCGGCGGUGGCGGUGGCGGCGGCGGUGGCGGUGGCGGAGGUUCCGGUGGGUCUGGCGGGGCCGGUGGUAAUCAGGUCGGACAACAGACAUCCUUUUCCACCGGCAUGUUCGGCAACAUGAACCAGUCCAGCUCGUCUUAG